AAGCUCGUGAUUGGCACAGACGUGUGAGAUGAGUAAGGCGAAGUGCUGCUGGAUGUGUCUGUGGGCGUUGACACCACCUGGACAAUUCCAGCGCACGGAAACUCCACUAUAUAAAAGGACACAGGUGUAGUCUGACAGGCACAGGACGAGGUGGACACACCUAAGGUACCUCAGCAAACAAGGCAGACAGACCCAGAAAGAGCCGCCAUCCAUCAAACUCUGAAGUCUUCAUCAGCUCUCUUUUGGGUUUUUGAAAACAAUGAGCUCCUUUAGAGAACGAUUCCACGACUACAUGGCGGAAAGAAGACGCCGAAGAGCCAGACUAGUGACCAAAGAUGGUCGCUGUAACAUCGAAUAUGGAAACAUCCAUUAUACCAGGCACUUUGCCUUCCUGGCCGACUUCUGGACCACGUUCGUUGAGAUCCGGUGGCGAUUUGUCCUCUUCCUGUUCAUUGCUUCCUUUACCCUCAGCUGGUUCAUUUUUGGCCUUUUGUGGUACUGGAUUGCACGAUCUAACGGAGACCUGGCAUGGCAAAAUCCUUCCCCAGAUCACUCGCCAUGUGUUAGCAAUGUAGUCGGACUCGCUACAGCUUUCCUCUACUCACUUGAAACCCAGACUACCAUUGGAUAUGGUGGUCGCGCAAUCACCCCUGUCUGCCCUGGUGCCAUAGCUCUCAUCAUCAUACAGUCCCUCAUUGGAGCUGUGAUCAAUUGCUUUCUAUGCGGAGUCAUCUUGGCUAAGAUCUCCUUACCCAAAAAGAGGGCGAAGACCAUUACAUUUAGUGAAAUGGCCGUCAUUUGCCCCAGAAAUGAUUCCCUUUGCCUGUCGAUUAGAGUGGCCAACCUCCGCAAGACCCUGAUGAUUGGAAGCCAAAUCUAUGGCAAACUUCUGAGAACCACAACAACACCUGACGGGGAGACAAUCAUAAUGGAUCAGGUGAGCAUCGACUUCAUGAUGGAUGCUGGGAAUGACAACCCCUUCUUUGUGUGCCCUCUCACUUUGUACCACAUCAUCGACAAGAGCAGCCCGUUCUUUGAGAUGGCAGUAGACAACAUACACAACCAGGACUUUGAGCUGGUGGUCUUCCUGGACGGAACUGCAGAGUCCACGAGUUCUUCGUGUCAAGUCCGGACCUCCUACAUUCCCCACGAGUUCAUGUGGGGCUACAACUUUAUGCCCAUCAUCUCCAGAAGCAAAGAGGGGAAAUAUAGAGUAGACUUCUCCAACUUUGCUAAAGUUGUACCAGUGGCAACAGCGCAUUGUUCCUACUGUUACCACAAUAUUAAAGGCCACCAUCACCACUCCACGCUUGGAUGUGAAAACCAGGGUUUUGAAGUGAUUGAAAUCGACGACCCCCCGAAUGUCACAAAAAUGUAACACAUUGACUUUCAAAGACAUUCACAGACUCUUGGACCUUUUUUAAUUUUGCACUUCUGAAGGACACUGAGUGAUAAGAGGCAGUUGGGGACUGCCCAAUGGGAGAUGUUGCAUGAUGCAGCAUUUAAAAUGAAAACAACAAACCUGCCAAUUGCCUAUAUUUGUGUGUACAUGGAAAAGACAUGUGUGGGUCAAGAGUGUCAUCAUGAGCUUUGUAUGUUUGUAUGUAAACCACACCUGUCAGUGUAAAAACCUGUUUUUUGAGUGGAGGCCAAGUUGCGUGAAUUGUUGAAAUUUCAGUUUUUCUGGCAACUCCCACAAUGAGUAUUUAAAAAAUUGUGGGUGGUUCCAAAACACGUGUGACCUCAAAUUCAUGGACUACAUCUAAAGACCAUAUAGUUACUUCAUUGGUCAUGUCCAUUGAACUUCUGAUCCAAGGACCUUCUUCAACCUUAACUCAAACCCUGACAUGAAUAAGGUUGCAAAUAAGUUCAUCUGAAUGACAAAAAAGUCUUCACCAACUCUCUGCACUGGGUUUCACUUUAUUUUAACAGCCAGUGUGGGAUCUUGUGGAUCACUGACACAUAGCAAAUCUGAUCGUUUUUAAUGAAUAAUGUUUUUUAUUAAUGGAAAAGUUGAUCAGUGCAGCUAUACUGAACAUUUCUGAUAUAUUUCACCAACAAACUGCUUGAUUGCAAAGCAGAACUUUUUAUUAGCCAGUAAUGUAGCUGCUUGAAUGAGGAGAAAAACUUGGUUGUGUGUAGCACAAACUGUGAAAAUUGAUUGUCUUUUUUAUGAUUAUUUACAUUAAAAAAUAUCAGUGGGA